AUGGAUUCUAGUCCCCAUCUGAUAUUUGAUUCCUCUUUGUCGUCCACUCGCGCAUGGCUGCUCGUGUUGGGUGAUGGGAACUCCAUCUUCCGAGGGUUGAGGUUGGCGGAGGAGCAUGGCGCCACCAAGAGGUCGUUCUUCACAUCACCAGAUGAGAUUUACGAGGAGGAAUACUACGAGGAGCAGCUGCUGGAGAAGAAGUGCCGCCUAACGCCAGAUCAGAUCAACGUAGUUGUAGUAAAUUUUUCGUUGGGAAUGAUCGGCUUCCUUUCUCCAACAAAGGUAAAUUUAUUGGAACGUAGCUUUGAGGAGGAGAACAAGUUGGAGCCGGAGCGAAAGAGCGAACUGGAUCGAAAGCUAGGCAUGCAACUGAGGCAAGUUGCAAUGUGGUUCCAGAACCAGCGUGCAAGGUGGAAGAACAAGCAACUUGAGAAGGAUUUUGAUCGGCUCAAGUCCUCAUAUGAGUCACUCCUUACUGAUCAUGCUGCCCUCUUCAAGGACAACGAGGGAUUGCGGUUGGAGCUUUAUUUCUAA